UCCUCCCCCAGCGCACCCGCCCCCACUCCCAGGCCGUCCCGCCUGCGCCCGCGUGAGGUCGCGGGGGCGGCGCCGGCGCCUUCCUGCUCUGCCCUUGUAUGGUGACCCGGGGGGCGGGCCAGGCUAUUUUAAGGCUGGACUGCCGGGGCCCGCCUUCACAGACGGGGGAACCGCGCGGAGAGCCCGGGGAGCGCGAGGAGCGGGAAGCGAGGGGAAGCGCGAGAAGAGACCGGCGUUAUGGGGCUGGAGGCGGUGCGCGAGGUGGAGUGCGAGACGCUGGGCGCGCUGCUGCGGGAGCCGCGGGAGGCCGAGCGCACGCUGCUGCUGGACUGCCGCCCUUUCCUGGCCUUCUGCCGGCGCCACGUGCGCGCCGCGCGGCCGGUGCCCUGGAACGCCAUGCUGCGGCGCCGCGCGCGUGGCCCGCCAGCCGCGGCCCUCGCCUGCCUGCUGCCCGACCGCGCGCUGCGGGUGCGUCUGGCCCGCGGGGAGUUGGCGCGCGCCGUGGUGCUGGACCUGGCCGGCACCUCUCUGGCCGCGCUGCCGCCCGACGGCCCGGCCCGAGUGCUGCUGGCCGCGCUGCUGCACGAGACCCGCGCCGGACCCGCUGCGGUGUGCUUCCUGCGAGGAGGCUUCGAGGCCUUCCAGGCCUGCUGUCCCGACCUGUGCUCUGAGUCUCCUGCUCCGGCGAUGCCGCCCGCUGGUGUUGAAAACAGCCGCUCAGACUCCAGGGCUUCUUUCUAUGACCAGGGUGGCCCUGUGGAGAUCUUGCCCUACCUGUUCCUGGGUAGCUGCAGCCACUCCUCGGACCUGCAGGGGCUGCAAGCCUGCGGCAUCACCGCUGUCCUCAACGUCUCCGCCAGCUGCCCCAACCACUUUGAGGGCCUUCUGCGCUACAAGAGCAUCCCCGUGGAGGACAGCCAGAUGGUGGAGAUCAGUGCCUGGUUCCAGGAGGCCAUAGGGUUCAUUGACUCCGUGAAGGACAACGGGGGCCGGGUGCUGGUGCACUGCCAGGCGGGCAUCUCACGCUCAGCCACCAUCUGCCUGGCGUACCUCAUACAGAGCCGCCGCGUGCGGCUGGACGAGGCCUUUGACUUCGUUAAGCAGCGGCGGGGCGUCAUCUCCCCUAACUUCAGUUUCAUGGGGCAGCUGCUGCAGUUUGAGACUCAGGUGCUGUGUCACUGAGGCAGGGCCAAGACACACAAGUGCCGCUGGUCCCUGGGAAGCCGAGUGGGACGACUCGGCUCCUCUCAGGCCCCAUCAGUCACCUCAGGAAAAGCUUCUCCUUCGUCGGAGCUUGGGAAGCCCACCAGUGGGGGCGCUGGGAGUGCAGGGAUCCUGGACUCGCUCACCUGGUGCUCUUCUGCCAGGGGCCCAAGGUCCGGCCCUUAUUCAGAGAUGAGAAUGGAGGCUUUGUCUGCUUCCCUCCUCCUCCCCCAUCCUCUGGCAGAAACUAACUGGACUCUACACCCAUGGACCCAUGGGUCCCACCAUCAUUUUGAAGCCCUUGGCAGCGUGAGAGCCCCAAGGAACAAGCUGUGACAACCAGGAGCCCCCUCUGGGGAUGGCACACCGGGGCCUGGAACCUGAGCCUCUGGGACACUGGGCUGGAAGAAGAGAUGCAUCCCUUGUGCGUGGACCCCUUGCUUGCAUAUGUUUGGGAGCAUUGCAGGCUGGUGCUGGCCCAGGAAAGUUAUUUGUGUUCAACUGACAUUUAACACUCCCGCCCCCACUUCCUCCCAGCCCUGUGGGCAGGGCCUGGAAACUUAGCACUUUAUAUUUAUACAGAAUCUUGAGGAUGUGUUAAUAAAAUACUGUU